GAAGAUUCACUUCAUUGAUUUAAUACAUUUUUACCUUCACAGCAUACUUGUAACUGAGCAUUCCGAUUAAUUGCCUGAAAUGUCUACUGAAGGACAAGUGAUUCAUUGUAGAGCAGCUGUCGCUUGGGGACCUAAGCAGCCUCUUGUAAUUGAAGAUGUUGAAGUAGCUCCUCCUAGAGAAGGAGAGGUUAGGAUAAAGGUGCUGGCUAGUGGCGUGUGCCACACGGAUGCCUAUACAUUGGAUGGUCAUGACCCAGAGGGCCUUUUUCCUGCCAUCUUAGGCCAUGAAGGCGGUGGCAUUGUAGAGAGUGUUGGCCCUGGAGUUUCUUCUGUGAAGCCAGGUGACCACGUCAUUCCUCUUUACAUUCCUGAGUGCGGUGAGUGCAAGUUCUGCAAGUCUCCUAAAACAAAUUUGUGCGGAAAGAUACGAAUGACCCAAGGUAAAGGCGUCAUGCCUGACGGCACAUCCAGAUUUACCUGCAAGGGAAAAGUUCUUCAUCACUUCAUGGGCUGUUCCACCUUCAGCCAAUACACAGUAGUGGCUGAGAUCUCCGUUGCCAAGGUUGAAGACUCGGUUCCUCUAGACAAGGUUUGUCUGCUGGGCUGCGGCAUAAGCACCGGUUACGGAGCUGCUAUCAAUACUGCGAAGGUUGAGGAAGGAUCCACAUGCGCCAUUUGGGGACUAGGAGCUGUCGGCCUCGCCGUGGCUCUUGGCUGUAAGGCCCAGAAAGCUGCUCGCAUUAUUGGCGUUGACAUCAACGAAAGCAAAUUUGAAAUGGCCAAGGCCUUUGGAGUCACGGAAUUCGUCAACCCAAGCAAGCUGACGAAGACCGUGACCGAAACCAUCGUCGAGAUGACAGACGGCGGCUGCGACUACACCUUCGAGUGCAUCGGCAACGUGGCCACCAUGCGGGACGCGCUCGAGUCCUGCCAUAAAGGUUGGGGUGAGAGCGUCAUCAUCGGCGUGGCGGCCGCCGGGCAGGAGAUCAGCACACGGCCGUUCCAGCUCGUGACUGGCAGGGUGUGGAGAGGCUCUGCGUUUGGAGGUUGGAAAUCGCGCUCCAGCAUGCCACGCCUCAUCAAAGACUACCUGGAGAAGAGACUCAUGGUGGACGAGUUCGUGACCUUCACAAAACCUCUCGAUGAAAUUAAUGCUGCUUUUGACUUGAUGCAUCAGGGCAAGGCUCUCAGGACCGUUAUCGACUUGUUUUGAUGAAGCUUCCAGUCUGAGAAACGCACUACUUGAAAAUGAUGAAAGUUGCUUCCAAGGUACCGGAGAAUAAAUGUGUCGUUAUGCACGUGGGGUAUUAUUUUGCUGCGGGUUUGUUGCUAUCUGCUCUUAUCAAGGUUCAUUUUCCGUUUUGACCUCUAGCAGAUGUUCUCUGAAGUCACAAGGCUUCCACGUGUCAUUUUUACGGUUUAUCCAAUUCCUGUGAAGUUUAUACCCAAUUAAAAACUCGAACCUGUAACAAUAAGUUGUUUGCUUCUCUCACUGCUCACAACUUGUGUCGUUUAUAGUCGCCUAAUUUGUUUAUAUCGAUCUGAAUUUUUUUUUAUAAAUGUACCACCAACUGAUAUUUCUUCUUAACAGAUUCAAAAUAUAUCUCGUAUGAAAUGGAAAUCAUUUCCUAAUCUAAGUAAAGAUUUCUCCUAAUUCAUCAUGAAUCUUCUAUUCCUGGAUAACAUUGCUAUUGACUGCUUCGUUAGAAUAUUUACUACCGUCAUAGAGAUUCCAAAUUGCGAUGUUACAAUUGUCAGAUAACCAAAAUGACGAUAGCUACUGACAACGGCGGAUUCCUUGAUCGUUCUAAGUGCGGAAAUUUAUCAAGUGUUUCUUACUUAUCUUUUCCACUCGUGCCUUAUCGUGGGUGAUUUAGCGGCGUCGUCUGUGUUUUCAGUGUUUUGCUCGACCUUCAACAGAACAGGUGCUGCAAUGCACCGAAAAUAUCUUCAUUUCAUGUUAUCUAUAAUUUCGGAGGGACGAUGUCGUCCAAAGUAACAAGUUCUUUGGAUGCUUUUUAUUUGAAGUUCGGUUACAUUUGUAAAAUUUAUUUUUGCGAAAAGAAAAUGGUGUUAAUUGGCUGACGUGCUUGAAUAAGACUUGAUGUCAUUAUUCUUAUUUAUAUUUUUGUAUUUCUGAAAUAAGUGUUUGCUUAUUCGAAACAUUAAAAUAGAAAUAUCUGACCAAUUGGGUAUCAUUACGUGUUCAAUAUGUUAUUCGCCUACAGCAUGUUUGAUAAUAAAAUUUGAUCGUA